AUGCGUAAAACUCCAAGCAAACGGCUAAAUAAGACUCUUCUCAAAUUGGUGUUGCAAUACCCCUUGACAGCGCUGGACUUUUUGCAUACGGAGGCGGAUAUUGCGCAUACAGGUAUGUCAUGUACGUACAUAUCUCAAAUCCGACAUCGUGUUCUCUGUCGCGGACAGGAACUGAGCGGCCCGUCUGCCGGGACGAGAUCCGCGAUCCAACCCCGCGGAAAAUCAUCGACAAAACAAGAACAGUAUAUACAUCUCGCGCUCCUAGGCAUCCUGCAGAUAGCAACUGGGGUCCGCGGGUCCUCUGUGGCUUUGGAGAAGCCAGAAUUGGGAAACUUCACAAAGUCACAAAUAUUGGAGAAGCGCAGCCGCAUAUAUGCAGGGCACCAGAGGUCUCUUUCAUGA